AUGUCAUCCUCAUCGCUGACACAAGAGCUCACCGCCACCACCAGUGACGUCAGGCACCAGAUCACGGUCCCAGAGAAGGACGCUGACCAGGGAGCAGACCGUGGACCAGCACACAUGACGCGCACACCUCCAGACGCCUUGAGCAGACCACAGCACAGCACUAUCCCGGGGAAAGAGCUCAAAAUGUGGACUAUGACCAGACUCCAUCCGCUGUGCGUGGUGGUACUCAUGCACGCCUGCCUGACCGCGCUGCUCGCUCACGCCGCCUUCCCUCCCGCUCAGAACGUUACAUGGAAAUCCACAAACUUCAAAACGGUGCUGAUGUGGGGUCCGGAGCCGGGCCCAGAAUAUUCCUACACCGUGGAGUUCUCCCAAGUGGGCCGAGACCGUCAGAGAAACCCUCACUGCAUCCAGAGCUCCAACCCCCAGUGUGACCUGUCCAGCAGCCUGAGCGAGCUGAACGCCUGCUACACUGCGGACGUGCUGUCAGAGCCACCCAUGGGUGCCCCGCGCGAGAUCAAGGACUACCCCUACAGCAGCUCGCCACGCUUCUGCCCCUACACCCACACCACUCUCCUGGGGCCCUCCUUUAAGCUGGAGGUGAGCGAUGACCACAGAGUGACCACGGUCCACAUCUCGGACCCUCUGACCGCGCUCUUCACAGACAGCCGGCAGCUCAGCAUUCGGGACGUGUUUGGAGAUGACCUGGAGUACAAGGUCACCUACCGCAGGAACAAGAGCACAGGCAAGAAAGUGGCGACAACCAAGUCUAACGUGGUGGAGCUGAAGUCUCUGGACCAUGGACAGAGCUACUGUUUCCAGGUGCAGACUUUCAUUCGCUCCAGACCCACAGCCACACAGCUGGGAGAGCUGAGUCCCACUCAGUGCACCCCCUAUAAAGACCCCAAACUGACGGACCAGUACUCGGUGGGCGUGUUGGCUGCGGCUGUGCUCCUGCCCCUCCUGCUGAUGGGAGGGAUCAUCGCACUUGUGGUCGUGUGCUGCAGACGGAGGACCAGCCAGAAGACCCAGAACCAGAAGGAGAACCAGGCGCUCAACGUGUAG